UAGGAUCCCCGAGCAGCCGGGAGGAGGCUAGGGAAGGGAUCUGGGAGAUUGGUGACCUGGAGGUGGGGACACAGAGUGAGCGGGGACGGGAGGGCCCCCCAGCAGGUCAGCUAGCUUCCUCAAUCCUCCUCCUGUGAGCACCCCCUCCAUUUUAGAUCAGGAAAUUGUGGGGGGCACCCCCGCAGUGCGACAGCGAAACGCAGGCAUAUUCUGGAAAUAACCCCCUCUCACACUCCGCACCUAUGAAGGCAAAUUGACCUCGGUGAAAAGCGGGUGGGAUGGAGCAGGUUGCCUCCAGGGGAGGAGACACGAGACCCAAACGCAAUUUGAAAGCAUCUCAGUCUGGCGCUCAAGGCCUGGAAAGAAAUGGCGGCUGGGAUGCGGAGAGGUCUCCGUGUCUGUUCCCGGCACUCUGCGAGGCCUGAGGAGGAGCAACCUGUCCAGAAUCUCUGCAGGAUACAAAAAAGAGGGGAAAUCUCAACAUGGAAAAACUCUACAAUGAAAAUGAAGGAGUGCCUUCACACCACCAAAUGAUGGAAAAUGAGGAACAGCCACAGCAUGAAGGAAAGCUAGAAAGUCUGGAAAAUAAGAAUUUAGAAAAUGAAGGAAAGACAGAAAACAAAGGACAGACAGAAGAUGAAGAAAUAGAGAAUAAAGAAAAAUCAGAGAAUGAGGGAAAGGCAAAAGAAGGAAAGCCAGAGAGUGAGGGGAAGUCAGAAAGUCAGGGAAAGCCAGAGGCAGAAAAUCCAGAGAGUGUUGGAAAGCAGGAGCAGGAGAGAAAACCACAGAGUGAGGGAGAGGCAGAAAAUCCAGAGAGUGUUGGAAAGCAGGAGCAGGAGAGAAAACCACAGAGUGAGGGAGAGCCAGAUAGUGAGGAAGAGCCAGAGAGUGCAACAGGGGCUGCAAGAAAGCGUCCAGCUGAGGAUGACAUACCCAGGAAAGCCAAAAGAAAAACCAACAAGGGGCUGGCUCAGUACCUUAAGCAAUAUAAAGAGGCCAUCCAUGAUAUGAAUUUCAGCAAUGAGGACAUGAUAAGAGAAUUUGACAAUAUGGCUAGGGUGGAGGAGAAAAGGAGAAAAAGCAAACAGAAGUUAGGGGCAUUUUUAUGGAUGCAAAGAAAUUUACAAGACCCCUUCUAUCCCAGGGGCCCAAGGGAAUUCAGGGGUGGCUGUAGGGCCCCAAGAAGAGAUACUGAAGACAUUCCUUAUGUGUAGGGUCCAUGCAGGCAUUUACCAGGCUCUGUGCUUUAACCUUACCAUUUUGCUUUAGGCACCUCUCUUAUUAUCAGCAGCCUUUUAACUCAACUGCAAGGUUUGCUUUAGAUUUCAGUAGCCAAUUUUCACCAUGUUCAUUGCAAAGAUGUCAUGAUUCUUGAAAAAAAUAAAGCAGCUUAUAAUGUC